ACAUUACAAAUCUUGUUGACUUGUUCCAUAUACAAUACCAAAAGCUAGUUUAGAUAAUGGGAGACUCGUCUUCUUCUUCUUCGGCUUCUUACAUUCACUUGGUGCAGCACCUGAUCGAAAAGUGUUUGAUCUUUCACAUGACUAAGGAAGAAUGCAUGGAAGCUCUUUCUAAACAUGCACAUAUUAAUCCAAUUAUAACUUCCACCGAGCAAUGGAAUGUUGCCUAUAAGGCUGUAGCUUCACUAGUACCACAUCCCCUAUCUGAAACUCGGCAAAUCAUCUCUUAGCAUCAGCAUAUUUCUUCAUAACUUGUUAAGUCUUAUGUAUUCAGCCUUGAGAAGUUGGAUAAUGAAUAUGACAACUCACGUGAUAAAGAAUAUGAUUUCAACUUUGGAUUCCUCUCAAAAUCCACAACAACACAACAAAUAAACACAAUAAUUCACCUCUUGAAAAUUAUGACCAAUUUAGGUACUUUAGUAAAUCUUUAUAUUUUCUACUUUAUUAUCACUAGCUAGUGCUAUCUGUGUCAAUUAUUAUGGUAUUGUAAUGAUCAAGAAUAUCAUCCACAUGAUUUCAGAAACAUUUUAUGUACAUAAGAUUUCAGAAACAUUGUAUGUAAAUAUUCAUGUCAUGUACUAGUAUA